AUGGCAUCGACAAUGGACAUCCCAAGAACCCUCCGCGCACCCCUCUACCCCCUCCUCGGCAUCCCCCGUCUCCUAACAACCUCCACCCUCCUCAAACCCAUCGCGUUCACCUCUGCCAUCGCGGCCGGCGUAACGGGUGUGUGGGUCAAGUAUGCCUUUGGGCCUACGUUGUAUUUGGUGAGGAGUGAGUGGUUUGGGUGGUUGAUCCCUUUCAAGAGUUAUACCAAGAUCAUGGGGCAGAUAUUUUGGAGGGGAGUGGAUUUGGUCAAGUAUGUUUCUUCGUCCUCGACGAAUUCAAAGUUGGAACAGUGGGGAUUCGGUGUUCUGGAUAAAAUGAGGGCACUGGAUACGCAGUGGUGGAUGGCGGUGGUGUUUACGUUGAUCCAAGCCGGCGUUGUGGUCAACUACCUCGUCGGAUGGCGAAUCCGUGCUGAAGCCGCGAAAGUCGGACAUGCCGUCCUCGCCGCGGAGAGAGCCAAGAACCGUACCUCCUCUUCCUCAACAGUGAAGGCAGUCGAAGAGAAAGAAGUCGUGAAACCCACUCCGGCACCAAAGCAGAAAGGCAAUUGGAUCAUGCGCUACACCGUCAACCAAAUAAAGAGUCUGUUGAUGACACCGAUCUACGCCAUUCCAGUCCUCGGGCAACUGCUCUACGCAUACACCCGGGCACCGCAAAUUGCCUCUUCUUACCUUCUCCCACUCGAUCCCGUUCUCGCUCGUCGUUUGUUGAAUGAUCCGAAGGAGGAGUGGAGCGUGAGGGGGUUUGGGUUGGUUGCGGGGAUGUUGGGUGGGGUGCCUAUUUUGGGCAGUCUGUUCCGGGUUGGGAGUAUGGUUGGAGGAGCGAUGCUGUUGGCGGAGGUUGAGAGGGGGAGAAGGGAGUAA